CCAAAAAAAAAAAAAAAUAAAUAAAAUAAAAUUACACAUUAAUUAAUAGUAUUAGUUAAUAUAUUUUCAUUUGUUUCUGGAGGGAUGGACGAACGGGUCAAUCAAGACCUUAGAAUUGUCAAUUUGUCAGAAUUCAUUUGGUAUUAUCUCCCGAGCACGAAUUUUCAUCGCCUCCUCAUUCUUCUCCUCCAUUCCUCCAAAAAUGCUCCAAGAUUGACCUCUCGAUUCUCCCCUGGAGUCCCGAUCAGCUUGGCAUAAAGCAGAUCGGCGGUAUGAAUUCCAGGAAUCAUCAUGCAGAUCAUCAUCAGCUGAAUGGAUCAGGCGAGGAUAGCAACUUUACGACGCCGGAGAGGGAGGGGGAGCGGGGGUUUUCGUGCGCCUCCGAGCCAGCUGGCGGGGAGCGGUGUUCGUCGUGGUCGCCGUGCUCUCCGGCCUACUUCAUCCGGAGUCGGAACAGAGGGAGGUCAACGACUGGCACGGCCGCAGAUGGCGACUUCGGGGAAGAGGAGGACUCCGCCCAUCGCAGCACCGGCGACGAUGCUCCGGCGGGCGGGCGUAGGAGUGGGAGGACGUCUACAACUACUUUUGCCUUGAGAUUUCGUGACCACGUGAAGAUGGGGCCAAAGUUAACUGAAACAGUGAAAGGCAAGUUGAAGCUCGGCACUAAAAUACUCAAAGAAGGCGGGUGGGAGAAUGUUUUCAAGCAAAUUUUCGGACAAAAUGAAGGAGAAGAACAACUCCUCAAGGCAUCCCAAUGUUAUUUGUCCACCACCACUGGUCCCAUUGCCGGAAUCCUUUUCAUAUCCACGUUAAAAGUCGCCUUUUGCAGUGAUAUGCCCAUCGCAGUUCGUGCACCUUGUGGAAAAUUGCUUAUUCGAUGGCCUUACAAGGUGGUGAUUCCAGUUAAGGUGAUCAAAUUGGUCAAACAGAGCGAGAAUGUGGAGAAGCCAUCACAGAAGUACAUAGAGAUUGUAACCGAAGAUGACCACGAGUUUUGGUUCAUGGGCUUCUUACGCUUUGAGAAAGCUUUCACGAAUCUACAAAAGGUGGUUUCUAAAGUAUGCAACGAGGGACAUUAGUUAGUGUUAUUGGUAGUUGAUUCAUUAAGGCAGGCGAAAAUGAUUACAUACCAGCUAACUAGUUAGCUUUAUACGUAUAAAUUGUGAGAAAACUAUGUAGUUACCCAAGUAAAAGAACAACGCAUGUGCAUUGUUAGGCAAUUGUUCUAGCCCUAUAUAUCCUUUUUCAUGUAUAAAAUGCUUACAUGGUA